AUGGUGAGGACGCGCCGUAGCCAGCUGGGACCCCCGGUCCCGAGCCCUCGAAUCUCAACAGGCAGUUCUUUACCCAACAUCCUCUUGGAUCCUCUGCCUAUCGGGCCCAGCGUUAGUCAGAAAAAUAGCUACUUUUCCGAGACUUGGGCAGGAACUUCAAAGAUAGUUUCUUUUUUGGAAAGAAAAAGGCCAUUACCUGAAAAUAUUCUCCCAAGGAACAUUUCCUUACUGGGGAAGAUGAAGACAGUUCAAAGUGGAAAAGUCUACAGACAGAUCUUUGAUGAUGAGGUCCAGCUUGUCCGUUCCUUGGCAAACAGUCGAAAAAAGGCAGCAGAACAUCCUGGGACUUUGAAGAGUAGAAAGAUCCCGCUAAUCAGGAACUUUGAAAUACCGACAGGUCAACUUUUAUCUCCUCGUCAAAGAAUGUGGGCUGAGGCUCUGCCCAAUGACAAAUCCACAGAAAACCCUGUUUUGUACAAGGAAAUCCAAAUAGUGACCACAGAAAAGACUCAAGAAUCUGAAGACGUGAUUGCAGCCCGAGAAGUGAGAGGCCUAAGUGACUUUAUUGUUCCUGAGAAGAUUAAUAGUGACAUCAUUCAGCGGCUAGAUAACCAUAAAAGACGCGUCUACGAGGCCAACUUGAAAAACUUACAGAAAGAAAUAUCAAAUAUUGGGCAGGAAAUGGAAUCUGUUAUCAUGGAGCUUGGAGAGCAGCUUUUGAAAAAACUGUCAGAGAAUGAUGAAGACAUCGACCUUCUCUUCAAAGAAACUGAAGGUGAUAUAGAACUGGAAAUUUUCAAAAUUCAGAAUUUGUGGGAACUAUGGGAUAAGUUAAGCAAGAAAUUCCUAAAUAGAAGAAAAUGGAUCAAAGACUUUGAUACAAGACUGAAAAAACUUGAAGCCUGCAGAGCUAAGAAAUUAGGGGAAGUGAUGAAGAAAUACCUGGAAAUUUUAAAAGAUAAUGCCUAUCUCCUCCCCCCUGAUGUAGAAAGGCUGAUUCACAAAGAAGCUAUGAUCAUAAACCAAGCCCUACUGGGAAAUCAAAGAGCCAUUGCUAAACUGUUCAUUAAUCUGAUGGAAUCCAACCUAAAGCAGGAAAUCAGUAACCACCACAAGUGGCAAGAUCUGUUGAAAUUCUGGAAGAACAUGAAGAAGGAAUUGAUGCUUCAAAAUUUCAGGCAAUUCAUGGAGAGUGAAAAGAUCCAGAAUCCUCCAUCUGUAAAGCAAGAAAUGGAUACCAUGAUAAGAGAGCUAGAAAGAUUAAACCAGGAGAGGAUCAGAAUUCUCAACUCAGUCAGUGAUAUUCUGCCUCCAGCUUACACAAAAGAGAGCUUGGAUCAAUGGUAUGCUUCUCUUCAGUCUUCAAAUAGAGCCUUAGAUUACUGCAUUGGGGAGAGCAUGAUGAAGAUUUACCUUCGGAACGAAGAAAUUUGGCAGGAGUGUCUGGACUUUGUGGAGCAGUGCAAGAAACAACUGCUGGACUGGAAAGUUUUCUCAUUAGAAGAGAUAGAACAUUCCAUGAACCUCUCCUUCUUCCGGAUAAUAGGAAACCUCCAGAGUCAGGUGGAAAAGGACCUGGAAAUGAUGUGUAACGCCCUUGAGGAGGCAGCUCGAGAGGCAGAAGUGCAGAGCCAAGAUCUGUUCACGUAUUUACAGACAACUCUGCGCCUUUGGGAGGUCCAUCGGAACCACCUGACCCAGGAAGAGGUCAAGCUGGAGAAGAGACUAGAGCAGUAUCGCUAUAGAUACAAUUAUGAGGCUCAGUUAAAGGAAGCAUGCCUAGAUAUUGUUCUGGAUCAGAUGAGACAACAAAUCGGUGAGGAUGUUUUGAAGCGUCACCUGGACAAGGCUCAAUUUCUGCUUUAUGACAUUAAAAAAAGGUAUGAAAAUUUUCACGAUGACCUCAUAAAUGAAGUAAAAGGCUAUCCAUCUUCUGUACUGAAAGCAUUGCAGGACUACAGCAUUUCUCUCAGUCGAUAUUUUUAUGUUAGAGAAGUCUAUGAACAGAACAUGGAUGGCGAGGUGAUAAUAAGGUUUAGAGAGCCAGCUGAGAUUCUAGAAGAGAGUCCCUCUCAUCUAAAAGAUAUCAUAAAAAAAUUCUUCAAGCUUGAAGAGGAAAGCAAGAUAUCUCCUGAGAGUGAUGAGAUGACAUCCCUCAGCAAAAGUAAAAGCGACUUCCUAGCAGAAGAAGCAAAGGAAGUCCAAGAGCUCCCAGCUUCCGAAACAGAGGAGGAAGCCAAGAGCUCAAAAGAAAGCAUCAUACCCGAAAGUGAGAAGACACAGACCUUGAAAGAGAGCCUCUCCCGGGAGCCUGGAGAACUGGAGACCCCAGGAGAAAGCUCGGCAGAACCUAGCGAACACCCAGAAGAUUGGACAGAGUACCAGAUACAGGAAAGCUUUGAAAUCCUGUCCUCCUACGAGGUUCAACCUGUGACUAUAUCAGAGGAGGAGAGUAUAACUGAAAGUUCUGAUGAAGAGUUGGAGUCCUUCAUAACUUCCAGUGGGAACAAGUAUUUGGUCUUUUCACUUCCUGAAGAAUCUGAAAGUAAAGUGCUCCAUACUACAUCAUCUGAUGCAUCGCCGGAAGACACUUCUCCGAAUACUGCCGCAUGCCUGGAACAUGUGAUUUUACCAUCCCAACUGUUUUCAAGAUUAAAAAAAAAAAUCCGCUGUGAGUUGUUUGAACGCCUUGAGAAGUGGUUUGGCCAAUCCUUGAUCAAUUCCAAGAUCAUUGUUGCUGCAAAGACUGAGGAGCUGGAUUCUGAACUAGAGCUGCGUCUCCACUUACAUAAACCAAGGAUCAAAUACGUAAAGACAGAAAUCUACAAUGUCAGAGCAGCCGAGUUAUUGUUUCACCAAGAACGGCUUGAUCGUCACUGUGGCAGCAUCUUGGAAACGCUGAAGAGAGAGAGAAUCCUGUUCAAUAAAUUCCAGGAAGAACAAAACACCAAAAACAAAAACUUCCGGAAUUGGAUGGCUAACAUAGAGCAAGCCUUCCUCAACUCCACCACGAGUCGGAACCUGACUCUGUUCAGCUCCAGCAUGCACAGAGAGCUGCUCUCCUAUGUGGAUGUUAUGCAGGUGUCCCUCCGUGGUUUCCGACAAUUCCUAGAAGAAAACAUGGAGAAACUCCGACUUGCAAAUAUGAAUUUUCUUAAAAAAUGCAGAUUGUUUUCAGAGGGAGGGAACUUCUCCCCUGAUGAAUUGGCUGCAUUUUGUAGUCGACUAGAAAAGGAAUCCUUACGGAUUGAAUUUGUUGAGACUUUUGUCAUGAUGAAAAUAGAGAAAAUGGAGAGUGACUACAUAGAGCAGGCAAAUGAGAUCAUCAACAAAUUUGAAAGUAAAUUCCAUAAUCUAUCAGUGGAUCUCAUUUUUAUAGAGAAAAUCCAGAGAUUCUUGACAAAUCUGCAAGUGAAUAUCAAGGCAGAGGUCUCCAAAUCUAAUUUUCAAACUGAGACAUUAAAUAAUGCUCUGCAAGAACUUCGCCACAAGAUAAGUAUUUGUGGUCAAGAAUUUGUGGACCAAAAAACUGUGAGCGCAGAAGACUUGUAUAGCUUUUCCAGACAGGUGGUGGAAAAACUAACCCAAAGGAUUCAGUAUCUCAAUUGCCAUUCGGAUAACCAGGGAUCUGGGGCAAGCACAGAAAAGGAGAACAUUCUCUUCGUAUCUAUCGACAUUUCUGAGGAGGAAAACAACCCAGAAAUGGUUAAAGAUACGCUUUUUCAGCCCAGCCGGAUGGGAAAAUCAAUGCUUGAUGAUGUGGCUGUGGACGUGAUAAAAAAUAUCCUUCAACUCCCAGAGCAAAGGCGUGAUCGAGAGCAUGGCACCAAGGGUAAAGGGAAACGUACAAGACGACGGACUGAAAGUAUCAUCCCAACACUAAAGAAGGUCACAUCAACGGCCAGUUGUGGCUCACAGUUAAGUACCCUACGAUACUCUCGGCCAAACCGACAAGACAAGAAGUACCAGGUGUUUGGGGAGAAGCCUGAACGUUCUGAUCAUUUUAAAAGCAUCAUCCACUUUCUUCUCUGGGAAGGCAAUGACACUUUGCUUUCAGUAGCAGAGGAUUUUUACCGUAAAGAGAAACAUGCUGUCACCAGACCCGACUACAUGCAGGAUACUUUUGACCAAUGUGCUGAGGUGUUUGGAAAGAAACUCAUAGACUAUGAGAACCAGACAGAGGAAUACCAUAAUGCCUGUCUCAUAGAAUUGAGGGAACAGCUAAAGGAGCUUGAGGAGCAGCUGCCUCAUGUGGCUCGGCUUGUCAUGGAAAGCUUCCUCCAGCGACACUGGGAGAGCCUUCAGUCCAACAAGGCCGAGAUCCAGGGACACUUCGAAGAACAGCUCGAUCAGUGGAUAAAAAUACGGGAUAAAAAUAACCAACAGCUACAUCCAGACCUUGGACACCCAAAUAACUCCAAAAUUAUGGAUUCUUUGUGCCAAAGGGAAGAAAAGAGGCAGAAAGACCAAGAUGCUGGGAUUUUGGCUACUUCAGAUAAACUAGAGGAAUGUGCCAAGAAAUGUGCCCGGAAAUUUAUAAACUCUUUGACCCUCUUGACUGAGAAAUUCCUUCAGCAGCUGGAUGAAAUCCCCACAGUCGAGGAUAUCCAAGCAGCGAAGACUGAGCUAGUCAGGCAAAAGUCAUCUGUCUUAAUGCGUCGGAAAGUUGCUGGACUUCCCUUGGAAGAUGAGAGAGAGAAGCCACAAGGUGAACGAGGGAACAGGAAGUGGCCAGGAAUCAGCCCUACAUCAUUCACCAUCAGCAACAAAAUUCACAUCAGAGCAACACCUCCAAUAAUAACCACUAAAAGCACCCUGGGCCACCAUGCAGUGGUGGAAGCAAGAGAUGUUGUAUAUUUGAAAUAUUUGGAAGAAUUACAGCUGGAUCUGAAAAAGAUUAAGGAAGAAAAGGAUAUCCAGCUCACCAAAGCUGAGCAUUGGAAGAACUGGUGGAAUUGCUCAGUAAAAACCAUUAAGAACUUGUAUCCAUAA